CUCGUGACAACAGCUAUGAGUUCUGAUAGCUUGCUAAAUUAAAAUAUCUCUGAUUAAAACAUUCACCUGAACGAACAACAAAGUAAAAAUGCUUUCUCGUUUAUUAAAGGAGCACCAAUCGAAGCAGAACGAACGAAAAGAACUUCAAGAGGGACGUAGACGAGAGGCAAUUACUGCUGCCACCUGUCUAACAGAAGCCUUGGUGGACCACCUCAAUGUGGGAGUGGCCAAGGCGUAUGUGAACCAGAGGAAGCUGGACCAUGAGGUGAAGACGUUACAGGUGCAGGCCGGCCAGUUCUCCAAGCAGACUGGCCAGUGGAUUAGUAUGGUGGAAGGCUUCAACCAGGCCCUGAAGGAAAUCGGUGAUGUGGAGAACUGGGCUCGCAGUAUUGAGAUGGAUAUGAGAACCAUCGCCACAGCUCUAGAGUACGUACACAAGGGACAACUCGCAUCAGCCUCUUCAUAGACACUCUGAACCUAAACCCAGAACUGAUGGACUGCUGCUAGCAUUAGUAGCUGAACACUCUCACUGUGAAAGAGGGGGUGGAUUCACAGCGGAUACCACGAUUCUGGACCCCAAAUCCCGAUAAGCCAAAUAUCUCCAAGGACAAUACGUGGGUUCAGACAUGACUACGGCUUUAAGGCUUGUCCAGUGUUCAUGAGUGACACAUUGUGUUACAGUAAGUAUGUCUAUGGACAAAUAAACCUUAUUGAUAAGAGCAUCUAAGUCCCAUCGGCAAUGUUGUUUUGUUAACAACACUUGAAUUGUUUAAGGUCUAUACCACAUAUAAUAACCUUGUGGUGGAAAUAUCUAACUGUCCUCCUACUAUGUGUAGUAAUGGGCCACAACCUCACAUAUGGUCCAUGUGAAUUUAGCAACACUCCUAAUAAUAAUGAUUUAGCCAUUCACACAAACAUUAUUUCCCCAAUGAGUCAAUCAGUGUCGGAGAACAAGACAAAGCAUAUCUAACGAAUCAAUUUUUUACGAUCUGCUCCUGCGAAGAUGAAUAGUUAAGAUUGGGGUGCUAGUCUCUCUAAAGUUAUUCCAUUUCCCUAUUCCCAUGGAGGAUGAACAGGACAGCUAGCUAAGCGUGGAACAAAAGAGGCCCGUUUGUGUAAAAGUAGCGUGGGUAAAUUGGAUUUAUUGGCUUGUAAUUACAAGAGCCAGUCUCCUGUUUAGAAAGAGACUGACUAGUAACUGCUUCUCUCUGUCUGACUAAAACUACCUACCCUGGUUGCUGCAGAAUUCCUGAAUGAAUAUUCAUCUUUGAGUAAGUUUACAUGCACACUAAUAACCCAAUAUUAAAUGGAUUGUGGCAGUAUGCAGAUUAUGCAGUAGUCAUUUACUCUGCUUAUCUUAAUCUGCAUACGGUCAUAAUCGUAGUAAGCAUAUGACGAUUUUAAACAUCUGGUUUUCUGCGCACCAUUUCAAAUGAUUAAGACAUGUAAGAAUCUUAAUCAGUGUUCCAGCUGUUUGAGCUGCGCAUGUGCCAGAACCAGCAGCACAAAUUUCCUUCGAAUAUACGUGAGUAAAGUUUGUAAAAAACUGAAAGUAUGCAUCUUAGAAAUAGUUUUCAGAUACAAACUUUAUAUAUCCGAACUCCGACUCAAAUAGGCUCCCCAAAAAUAACAUGGUGGCUGUGGGAGAACGUUUCUUUUGAUUGGCGAUUUUCUGCAUUUAUCAAAGUCCCAUCAGGUAGCCUGAUUUCAGAUGUGUCCAUGGAAACAGGAUUUUCUGAGGGAAAUCGUUCUUCUUGUAAAGCGUGUAAACAUUUGAAAUCAUUAUUAUUAUUAUUAUAUUAAUUGGACAAUGUUCACAUAACUGUACUCAUUGAUGUCAGCCUGGGUUAGCAAGGCUAGCUACCUCUACCUGUGUAAUAAAUGCGACGGUAACAUC